AUGCCCACACCAACCUCGGCCGCCAUCGCCGCACAGCACGCCCUCCCUCCAGAGGCCCUCGUUGUCGCCGUCAUCCUCGACCACCCGCGCACACGCGCAGCCUGGUCCCACCUCGUAGCCCCCCUCCUCAACUCCAUCGCCGCCGCCCUCUCCUCGCUCCAUCCGGGUUCCAGGCUCCUCAUCGCCGCCGUCGUAUACCGCCCCACCUCGGCGGCCCACCUCGACUCGCUCCUGCGUUCGAGGGGAUCCCUGGCAAAGCUUCCCUUCAUCACCGGAUCAAAGUUCCUCGAUACCGUCACCAGGAACCACCACUGGCUCGACCGCAUCUCGCCCGCUGCAGACGACCGCCUCCAGCCAGACUGGCUCGACGCACAGCUCGACCCUCUGCCCAGCACACGUCACCCACACGACCCCUUCCUCCCCUUUCCCCUAGAUGCCUCCCAACACCCGCCGGAGUCCAGGCUACACCCCGUCGCACCCGCACUAGAGGCUCUCGUCGCCGCUUUGGAGCUCCUCGACUCCCGCGAUGCCGCCUCCCACGCCGGGCCUCCAGGCUUUGCGGCCAUCGCACCCCAGAGGCCCACCACCAUGGCCAGGCACAUCGUCCACAUCUCGACGAGGGACGUCAUCAUGCCUCUCGACCUCGACGCAUCGCCCGUCUUCAACCAGCACGCUGCAAACGACGGCAUCACCGCAGCAGAGCUCGGCUCUCGGCUCGCGCACAGGGGCGUCUCGGUCAGCUCGUGCGGCCUAAAGCCAGGCGAUGGCACAAAGGUGGACAGCAACGCACCGCCAUCCGCCAAAUCACCAGCACACGCCUCUUCCGACGCAGCAGCCGACGCCAUCGAUCGGCUCCAUCGCAUCAUCUCCGAGGCCGGCCACCUCUCCGCUGACAAUGUGCCUCAGCUGAUACCCGCCGCGGCCAAACCCCGCUUCCAGGAGCAGGCCACUUUGCUCGUGUCCGGCAUGGCCGCGCCGCCCAACUCGACUUCCAAGAAGCGCUCCAGAGACGACGACGACGACCCGACAGCGGCAGCAGCGUCGUCUUCCUCUGCGGCCAACAACCCCGACGGCCCGGCCGCCGUCAAGCGCUCCAAGUCUGGCUCCAUAUCCAAGGUCGAGCCUGGCCAGCCCGCCUUUCAGUUUCCCGCCGGCAUCAACGCGGCCAGCCUCUCGGCCCAGGCUGCUGCGCUCCAGCAAAAGAUGCCCAAGCUCCACCCCACCGUAUCGACCAAGAUCAUAUUCCUCAAGCAGCAGCAGGAGGUCAUGUUUCGCAACCUCUCGAUGGUCGCCGCCCAGAUGCUCAAGGCCGAAAACGAGGGCCUGCCAAAGAACCCGGCCCCCGGCAUGACCCGCCACUACCUCGAGCAGCUGCGCAACCAGCUCAUCGCCCAGCAGCAGGGCCUCCGCAUGCUCAUCCAAAAGGUCAUCACCGGCACCGAGCAGAACCCCAACUUCAACGUCUGCCUCCAGUCCCUCGUCAACAUCGACAAGGAGGCCAAGGAGAUGGGCGUGCUGCUCGGAGGGCCAAGCAGCGGCCAACCGGGCAUGGCCCGCUCGGCCCGCAGCGCCUCGGUCACCAGCAACGGCAGCUCGUCUGCGCCGCCGCCGCCGCAGCAACCUCCGGUGUCGCUGCCAGCGGCGCCCGCCGCGGCACAGCAGGGUAGCGCCGCGGCAGCAGCGCCAGCACAGGCAGCGUCGCGGCCUCGCCCCUUUUGGAAGGGCCCCAUCACGUGGAGCGUCAUCAGCGACCCGGUCACCAAGGCAAAGAGGGAGAUUUCGACGUACGUGUCGGCCACCAGCAACGCCAACGCCUUUGAAAAGCUGAUGCUGCCCUGGCCGGAGAAGCUGCAAAUCACGGCCAUCAGCCAGCUGGCUCCCCGCAACCUGCAGAUCUACGCCCAGAGCCAGGGGGCGCCCUAUGUCCUCUUUGCGGCCGAGGCGCCCGGUACGCCGUCGGCCGGUGGCGACGCCGGCGGUGCCGCUGUGCCGGCCGACCGCAAUGCGGCCAUGUACGCCAGCCUGGCGGGCAGCCUGGAUGCCAAAAAGAGCUGCGCGUUUAUCCGGCACGGCAGCAGCGCCGGAUCCGGGCUGGUGCUCUUUGCCACGACGCAGCCGACGAGCUCUGCAGAGAGGAAUGUGGCGCCGGGCAGCGUGCCGCCCAAGCUGAUCGGCGUGCUGUUCAAGGAUCCCGUGCCGUUUGCGAGGCUACUUGCUGCUCAGGCCACGCAGCAGCAGCAGGUGCAACAACAACAGCAGCAGCAGCGGCAGUCGCAACUGCAGGCGCAGCCACAGCAGCAGACGCAGACGCAGUCGCAGACGCAGACGCAGACGCAGCCACAGCCACAGCCACAGCCACAGCCACAGCCGCAAGCGUUACCGCCGUCCGCACCGCAGGCGGCGCCACCACCAUUACAGCAGCCGUUGCAGCAGCCGCAGCCGCCACCAAUACCGCCUCCUCCACAGCAGCAGCAGCAGCAGCAGCCUCAACAGACGCCGGCGCAGCUAGGUGUGGCAUCGACGAACGGCGGCUUGCCAUCGGCCGACUUGGCCGGUCUGGCGCAGCUCCUGGGUCUAGGAGCGCAGGGCGCUGCACUGCUCGGCGGCGGCACCGGAGGCGGUAGCAGCGCUGGGAUCGAUCAGGGCUCAUCACAGCCUCCACAGCAGCAGCAGCAGCAGUUAUCGGCGGUUACGCUCGAGCAGCUCCGAGCUCUUGGCCUCAUCCAGUGA